UCUCAUCGAAGAAGAUCAUCCCUUUGGAAUUCAUUUACCUUGGUAGAUAAUAAAUUAGCAUCGUGCCACUAUUGUGAGCAGACGUUUUCCCAUAAGACAUCAAUCAGCAAUUUAAAGCAACAUUUAAAAAGAAAGCAUCCGUUUGUGUUGAAGUCAGACAAGGAUCAGGUCAUUCAAGUGGUUACUCCCGUUGAAACUACAUCAAUAUCCGACGAUUCAUAUACUCUUUUAUAUGUGGUUUCUGAUGACGAAUCCAAAUCGUCCAUGACUCAGGUUCAAGAAUCCGAGCUCCCUACACAUGUCGUAAAGCAAGCUGAACAACCACUUCCAGAAAUUGCCCCAUUGGAAGAUUCGGAAGAGAAUGAUGAAGGACAGUCAACAAUGAAAAGGUCCACGACGUGGAGGUACUUCACGCAAAAGAAGAAAGGAACAGCGCAGUGUAAUUUUUGUCGUAAGGUUCUUUCAUAUAAAACAUCGAUAAGUAAUUUGAAAAAACAUUAUCAAAAAAAACAUAGGUCAAAUGGCAAACCUACCCUAAAAGUAAAACCAGCCAGUUCGUCGAGCAAUACGACAGUACAUUCCACCAAUAUUAAUGGUGGAAAUCAUAUUCAAAGUGCCCAUGCUUCAGUAGGGAGAAAAACACGACCCAAUGCAAGUUCAAGUAAAUAUGAUGAUCAACUUAUUAAAAUGUUUACCGUUCACUUACUGCCAAUUUCGAUGGUCGAAGGAUUGGGGUUUCAAGGAUUUUGCCGUUCAUUGAAUUCUUCCUAUGCGCUACCGACCAAGAAGAAGUUAACUACAGAAUUGAUUCCCGCCAAAUUUGAAGAGCUCACCGUAAAAGUACGUGAGAUUAUGGCAAAGGUUAGAUCAGUUACGCUUACGACAGAUUGCUGGACGUCGUACAGCAACGAGAGCUUCACUAGAGUGGUGGGGCAUUUUAUUAACGAGGACUUUGAAAGCAAAUCUAUUUUGUUGAGCGUUAUGGCGUGCGAUUGGCCUGUGUCGGACAAAUUUUUGGGCGAAUUACUGGAACAGGUUGUACAGGAGUGGGAGUUGAACGAAAAAGUUUUGAUUGUCAUUUCUGACAACAUUACAGACCGUCAGGAGGAAGAAUUACAAUGGCCACAUAUAAAAUGUCUCGCGAGUACGAUCGAUUCAAUCGUUCAAGAAUCUCUGAAACCCGUGGAAACAUUCCUUAGCACAUUAUCAAAGAUUGUUUCGCUUUUCAAUGAAAAUGUUGAAGCACAAGAGAAAUUGACUUUCUUCCAGAAAAAAAAUAACAAAGAGUCCGAUAACCUGACACAACGCAGUCCCGAGCAAUGGAACUCUGUGCUGUACAUGUUGAAAAGUAUAAAACACUAUAAAGAAGAAAUUGAUGAAUCCUUACGAGCGCUAGAUGAGCCAGUUUUGUCCGACGAAGACUUCCAAAUUGUUGAGGAACUCAUACAGAUACUCGAUCCAAUCGAGUCGGUCACAAAAGUCACGAAUAAGAAUAUCACUUUAUCAUUGAUAAUAGUUUUAAGUAACAGCCUUCUUGAUCAUUACAACAGUUUAAAAAAGGAGACAUCAUUCUCUAGCGAAAUUGAGCCUGUUGUCACCAAAUUAGUAGACCACCUCAAUGAAAGAUUUUGGAACUUGGAAUCUGUGCACACCCUGUUGAUAAGUACUCUUUUAGAUCCUCGAUUCAAACACAUCGGUUUCUCCGAUCACACUUUCGUACAUAAAGCCAAAUUAUUAGUGGAGGAUAAUCUAAAUUUGUUAUAUGGAGAUACAACGGAAAAAUCCAAAUCUGUUGCAUUGGAUAGUGAACCGCUUCUCAUUUGGAAUUCCUUCGAUAAAAAGGUGGCGGACACGUCAGUAAGCUUAGGAAAGUCGAAAGCAAUCACUGAGCUUGAUAGAUACUUGGAGGAGCCUCUAUUGAAUCGGAACGAGGAUCCUUUACAGUGGUGGAAAGUUAACGCUUACAACUUCCCUUGCCUUAGUAAUUUCAUUAAGAUGAAAUUUGGUCCGAUUGCCUCGGCUAUAUCUUGCAAAGGUAGCCCGACUUUAAUAGAGCGUCGAAAUACCUUAACGUGUAAAAGAAUUAACGAAAUUAUGUUUAUUGGUCAGAAUUUUGAUGUUGGGGAAGGAUAGGGGAAUUUUGUUAUGGCCAGACUAGGAAGGUGGUUAUGACAUUGCAGAACGGCAAGCUGCGGUUUAACAGCUUUGCACAAGGUGAAAAUUACAUUAUGUACCAGAGGAAAAAUAAAGAACUUAUAUUUUUUAUAAUAAAAGAAUUAUUGUUAAUUUGAUUUAUAUUAUAAAAUAAUGACCUUAUAGUUACUCUGAUAAACCGUGUGUACUUAUACCCAAAAUUCCCUAAGUAGCCUUUAUUUGUAGUAUGCAUUAUAACCACCAGAAAUCCCAGUAGUGUGAUAACUUGCCAGACAUGUCUUACACAUUCUCAUGUAGCCUUGAUAGCUGCUGCUAAAUGGCUCCACAUAGACAGCAUUUGUAAAAAGUUAGACAAAAGACGUUAUUAAAGACUUGUAAAUAAAUGUGCCUUAGUAGUCAGUUCAUUCUGUUAGAAUGUUACUGUCUGCGACUUUAUCUCAAAGUGAGCGCUUUUUUAUCUUAUAAAAAACCGUGCGGUAGUUUAAUCUGCA